AUGUAUACUGCUGGUACAAUUUACAGAUCAUUUAUUCUUCCUGUUCUGGGUUAUUGUGAUACCGUUUGGAAAUGUUGCGGACACACGAAUACUGAUAAUAUAGAAAAAUUGCAGAAACGUGCGGCAAGGAUUAUCAUGCAAACCAACAGCAGUGAUGAAGCGCUAGCUCACCUUAAAUAUGAUACACUGGGACUUAGACGGGAGAUUCACGCGUUAAACCUUGUGAAGAAAUGUCUAAAUAAGCGCUGCCCGCAAUUUUUAAUGGACUACUUUUAUUUUAAUAGAGAUAUCGUACACAGAAAAAUGCGGCAAAGUAAUCAUCCCCGUCUUCCCUCCAUCAAAUUAGAAUGUACGAAAAAAGCUUUUUAUCAUCAUGGAGUCUGA